GGUAUGUCUGGUUCUCCGCAUUUGUCGAACAGUCGGAGACUCUUCCCGUGGUCUCCACAUGCGGUCCCAACUGCUUCUCCUCCUCCCCAAAUUUCCUCAAAGCUUCGUAUCCCUACCCCAUUUUUAAUUCCUCUGGCUGGUUCGGUGGAAGCCAUGCGCCUCUUCCGACCCUUUUACCCUUUCUGACUGGUCCCUGCUCC